AUGGGCACCGUCUACCCUGAUUUGCACCAAACGGCGCAGCAUCCCCUCUACGAAGAAACACUGCCAUAUGAAGCCUUUCCACCCAAUGCCGAUGUGAAUCUAAUUGCUCCUGAUCACCCCGGCUUGGAAUUCUACGGAACAUUACCACAAGCUAACUGGACACAAUGGCUGUCUCCGCAAGACAACGUGUUCCCUGUACCGGCCUCUAUGGGCGUCCCAAUGGUCUCCCCUCAUGAACAGCAGUACCAGAGCUACGGCUUCUCGCCAGACACCGCAACUCAAUGGGACUCUCCAAGUACCUCGAUGCACAGUUACACCCAACCAUCUCCAUCAACCGGCUCUCCAAACCUAGCGGUUUCAACCGGUGACCUCAACAGUCGCCGUGGUUCUACCUCGACACCCUCCGACAAGCAGAAACGCAAGCGAAACGCGACUCCAUCGACAGCGAAAUCGACAAGACGUGCAUCUACCAAGAAGACGACAAAACCAGAAGGCUCCUCAGAAAAGCCGAAGCCCAAGCCCCGCAGUAAGAAAACAAAACCAGUUGUCAAGCCUACAAAAGAGCCAUCCCCCGAGGAAGAAGAGGAAGAAGAGGAAGAAGAAGAACCUUGUGUUCCCAGCAGCAGACGAAUCCAGGAACGGAACCGCGUCGCCUCCAACAAGUUCCGUGUCAAAAAACGCGAAGACGCAAAGAGACUCCGAGUCGACGAAGAAGACAUAGAACGAGCCAACCGAGACCUCUCUGUCACCGUAUCCGAUCUCACGAUGCAGGUCUACGAGCUGAAGAUGAAACUUCUGCAACACACCGACUGCGAAUGCCAUUUGAUCCAGAACUAUAUUGCCAACGAGGCACACCGAUAUAUCCAGGACUUAGGCAGCGGGAAGGAAAUGCAGAUGACACCACCUCUUCCACCACCGCAUCUCUUUCGAUGUUAG